AUGACGUUCCGUAACCCUAACUGCCGGUUAGGGAUCUAUUACGAUAAGAUAGAAGCUAACGGUUUGUAUCACGGCGUUAGGUUUUCAACGGUGGAUGUGGUAGGGUUUUAUUUAGGGCAUAAGAAGGGGAACAAUGUGAGUGCAGUGUUUAAAGGGGAACAGGUUGUGAGUGGUGUGAAAGGGAAGUAUGAGGCUGAGAAUGGUGAUGGUGUUUUCAAAAUUGAUUUGAAGUUGAGGUUGAAGAUUAGGUUUAAAGUGUGGUGUAUGAAAACGCCCAAAUUUAAGCCCAAAUUUGACUGUGAAGGUUUCGUUGAGUGUUGA